AUUGCGAAGGAGUUUGGGAGUUUGAAUGUUAUGGCUGACAUGUAGUUAGGUCUCACUGAACCUACAUUUUUGGUGAAUCGACUGCUUUAGUGUUUGACCGUAAAAGCCCCCCCCCCAGCAGCAAUCGUGCCCCGUCGCGCCCCCACCCCCAGCGGAGCGGUCAUGUGGCAGGAAGCUCGUAAACACGAGCGCAAGCUGCGCGGCAUGAUGGUGGACUAUAAACGCCGCGGCGAGCGCCGGCGCGAGUACUAUGAGAAGAUUAAAAAAGAUCCGGCGCAGUUUCUGCAAGUCCACGGCCGGGCCUACAAGAUUCACUUGGACUCCGCCGUGGCUUUGGCUGCUGAAAGUCCUGUCAACAUGAUGCCUUGGCAAGGAGACACCAACAACAUGAUUGAUAGGUUCGAUGUCAGGGCACAUCUGGACUACAUCCCCACCUACACUCCUCCGCUGCUCAGCACUGUUUCUGCAGAGCAGGAGUCAGAAGAGAGGAAAUGCAACUAUGAGCGCUACAGAGGGCUUGUGCAGAAUGAUUUUGCCAGCAUUUCGGAGGAGCAGUGUCUGUACCAGAUCUACGUAGACGAGCUGUACGGAGGCCUGCAGAGGUCAAAUGAGGAAGAGAAAAAGAAACUCUCAGAGAAGAAGGCGACUAUUGGCUAUACCUACGAGGACAGCACGGUGACAGAAGCAGGCAGGGUGUCUGACAAAGGGGAAGAUGACGACUCUGAGAACAGCGAGUCAGAUGAGGAUGAGGGCAUCCCUGACAUCGAUGUGGAGGUGGAUGUAGACGAGCUCAACCAAGAGCAGGUGCAAGAGCUGAACAAGAUGGCCACGCCGUACGGAAUGACUGAGGGGGACUUUGUCAGGAUGCUGAGGAAAGACAAAGAGGAAGUGGAAGCCAUAAAACACGCCAAGGCGCUGGAGGCCGAGAAGGCCAUGUAUUCGGGCCGACGUUCUCGUCGGCAACGGAGGGAAUUUAGAGAAAAGAGACUUAAGGGCAGACAAAUCAGCCCCCCCAGCUAUGCUAGGAGAGACAGUCCAACCUACGACCCCUACAAACGUCCGCAGUCGGAGUCCAGCUCCGAGUCCCGGUCCCGCUCACGCUCUCCGGGACACGACAAGAUCACCUUCAUCACCAGCUUUGGGGGUAGCGACGAGGAGGGCGCCACCCCUGCCCCACCACAGCCGGCCGCCCACACCAGCCACGCCCCUCCCAACUCUCAGCACCACCCCGCAGGUCAUAGCAGGGGCUCCCGCAGACGCCGGUCCUCUUCCAGCCCAUCUUCUUCCUCCUCCUCCUCGUCUUCCUCCUCCCGCUCUUCAUCCCGGCGCUCGUCGUCCCGCUCGUCCAGCCGAUCGCGCCGCGCCCAUCGCCGUGGAGGCCGGGACGGCAGAUACUCGCGUUCCCGCUCCCGAUCCCGUCGUUCCGACUCCUGGUCCCGGGGGCGGGGCGGCGGUGGGAUCCGGCGGCGGCAUGGCCGGUCCCGAUCGCGUUCCCGCUCACGCUCCACUGACAGAGGGCGGCGUCACGUGGCCCGGAGGCACAGCAGGUCUCGCUCGGGCUCCCGGACCGGGGACCGUUUACGUCGGCAGGGCCGCAGUGCGGGCUCUCGCCGCGGGGGCAGCAGCAGCGCCAGCCCCGCCCAGUCCCCCGCGCAUAGCCGCUCCCCCUCCCCCGCCCUCCGGCACGCCUCUUCCACUACAGUGGCUCUCUGUGACAAGCUAAGAAAGCCUGACAUUCCUGCUGGUAAAGAGACCGGAGCUGCCAAACCCAAGAUGACCCCCCAGGAGAAGCUGAAGCUCCGGAUGCAGAAGGCUUUGAACAAGCAAUCCAAGGCGGAUAAGAAGGCAGCCCAGGUGAAGAUCCAGCAGCAGGAGCACAAGCGGCAGGAACGGGAGGGCGAGCUGAGAGCCAUGGCGCGCAAGAUCCGUAUGAAGGAACGUGAGCGGAGGGAGAAGGAGAGGGACGAAUGGGAGAGGCAGUAUGGAAGGCAGAGUCACUCCCCCUCCCCCACCUACAAGUACGGCCGGGAACACGGCUCAUCUAGAAGGAGAUCGCGGUCUCGCUCACGGAGUCCAUUCUACAGAUACUAAGAGAUGAACCCCCCCCACCCAGAAAAACACUUCCUCCACGUCGACUCUUAGCCGGACACACAAUGGAGGUCAUUUUCACAUAAGGGACUACUGAGUGGAUUCUGAGAUGGAGGCAGCGAUGGUGACACAGGUAUCCGAACACGUCUGCGAACCACCGAGGAAGUUUUAUACCAACCGAACGGCCAGGAAAAGGCGGUGAGCCCCCCAGGAACAGCAGUGCAUCUCCGUAAGCUGUAAAUAUGAAAACGAAAAGUUACAAUAGAUAAUAGCCACCAUUAUGAUGUAUGUUUGUUGACCACAGCAUUGGGCUGGAGGAAAUAUAAUCGGAUGCUUUGAUUAUAUUCAAAUCCCGUGAAGUAUUGCAAGGACGUAAGCCCAGAUCACGUUCAGGAUUCCCUGAGUACGGGAACCUGGUUGCAUUCAGGUGGCUGUGCCCUGCCGUCGGGGACCUGGUGAAAGAUGCUGAACCGCCGGUCCCCACGUUAUGUGCGCUUAGACAUUAAACGAGGAUCUCGGGGCUUAGCCUUGGUCUGUGCCUGACUUUGUGGAUGUCUAACGGCACUGGAGGAAGAGCUGGGAGGGCAGGGAAGAUGGUCGGUCGUGCCACAGAAUAAAAACUCACCCCCCCCCCGUGUAAAUAAAUGUCCUCAGAUUUCAGAUGUAGUACCUUGAAUAUGAAUGGUGCUAAUUUGAUUUUAAGUACCUUACUUUCCCUACUCAAUCCCUCCCUGGCAAAUGAUGCUGUAUAUACUGCCCUGUUACUAGCGACUGUAAAGGCAAGUUAUUUUUUUUUUGUGUUAUUGGUAAAUAACUCUGCUUACUGGGAUGUUCCAAAUAAACGGCAUAUGAAUAAUACUCUA